AUGAGCUCUAUUACCAAGAUGACGCGAGCUCUGCUCAGCAUCAUGAUGCUUCUUCAGCCAGUGCUUGGAGUCCCGGCGGCAGAAAUGCUCCCUGGAGCUGAUGCAGCGACCUGCAACGGGCGAUCAGAGUACUGCUCGCGGUCCUACUCGAAUAUCACCUUCGUGGCCUCUCACGACUCAGCAUUCGUGGGAGAACUCCCCCAGCAGAACCAGAACAUCGAUAUCACGGCGCAGUUGAAUAUGGGCAUUCGGUAUCUACAGGCACAGACACAUCACUCGCUUCUAGAUAAAAAUGUCUUGGAGCUGUGCCAUACUUCCUGUCUAUUGGAAGAUGCGGGGACCUUGGAGUCUUACCUCGGUACUGUGAAGAAAUUCCUAGAUGCCAACACGAACGAGGUCGUCACAAUCCUGCUCACAAAUGGGGACUCGGUCGAUAUUACUGAGUUUGGGAAGACCUUCGCGAGCAGCGGGAUCGAUAGCUAUGCUUUUGUGCCAUCGUCGAACCCGCUGCCGAUUGGCAAGUGGCCAACUAUGAGUGAACUAAUCUCGAGUGAGAAGAGAUUAGUCGUUUUCCUAGACUACGGCGCCGACACAAGCAAAGUAAACUACAUCCUUGACGAAUUCGCCUACUACUUCGAAACCCCCUACGACGUCACCGACUCGAGCUUCUCCAGCUGCAGCAUCGACAGACCCUCUGGAGCCUCCGCCUCCGGUCGUAUGUACAUUGUCAACCACUUCCUCGAUGUUGACAUCCUGGGAGUGAAGAUCCCAGACCGUGGGGCGGCGGGCACAACGAACGCGGCGACUGGUAAGGGCAGUAUUGGGGCGCAGGCUGCAGUGUGCGAGGGGCUGUAUAGUAGGGCACCGAAUGCCGUGUUGUUGGAUUUUGUGGAUAAGGGAAAUGCUAUUCAGGCUCAGAAUCAGUUGAAUGGGUUUUAA